GCGGUCUCGCCCGCGAAGGUAUUGCGGAAGAGGGCGCCGUCUUGGCCUGAUGGCUGGGUCGAGCCUGGCGACGUCGACUUUCACCAGACACGGGAGGCGCUCCAGGCCAACGAUAGGCUACUGCUGGCAUUUCGGCGGCCGUGCCCCCCCUUCGACCUGAGCAGCCACGUCGCCACCAGCACCGAGAAGCUCGACGAGGAGUCCGUGCACGGCUUCUGGGUCGCCCACGGGGCGCCGACGGCUGGCGCCCUCGGGCAG